AUGGGGGAGAUCCCCAUGAUGGAUCCCACGUGCGUUUACCUCAGUUGGAGUCUCCUGGCUGUAGCGGUGAUCCCCGGGUCUUUAGGUGAAAUGUAUACGUCGCUGCUGAACGUGAAGCAGGCGAUCAGUGUUGAACAGAAGCUGAUCGAUUAUUUGAGAAUUUACAUCGACCACGAGUCCGAGCGACUGGAGGACAUCAAGCGCUUUUAUGACAAAGUGUCAGACCUGCACACUGAACUUUACAAAGGCCCGGCAGCCGCAAUGGCAAACCCGCUGGCGGCAUUCACCUUGAUCAAGAGGCUGCAUUCAGAGUGGCAGAAUGUAGUCAACAGCAAUGAAGCCCUGGAGAACUCACAAGCCCUCAGGUCGAGUUACAAGGCGGAAGAGGACGAUCUGCCCACACUGGAAGACCUCCAGGGAGCCGCCAAGGGGCUGAUGAGGCUGCAGGAUGUGUAUGCUCUUCAGGUUGCGAGCCUCGUUAGGGGUCGUUUCCAGAGAGUCACUGAUGGCAGGCCUACUGAUGUCUACCUGUCCACAGUGUCUGUCCCGCUGUCUGGUGAUGACUGCUUUCUGGUUGGAAAGGUGGCCUACGAGCAGGAAGACUACUACCACUCAGUGCAGUGGUUGGAGGAGUCGGUGCGUCUCUUCAGGGGAACAGGAGGCGAGUGGAGCCCUGAGAAUGAAGGGACUUUAGAGGACGCUCUGGAUCACCUGGCCUUCUCUCAUUUUAAAACAGGAAACGUCUCAUACGCUCUCAGUUUAUCUCAGGAGUUACUGCAUCAUGAUCCAAUGAAUGGAAGGGUUUUGCAGAAUAUUAAGAAAUACGAGAAGCUGCUGGUUUCAAGUCCGCCGAUAUCAAUGAUUGUAGAUGGGCUGAGGAGACCCACCUCCAAUCAUUUAAGGACCAGGGACACUUACGAGAGGCUCUCCCAGACACAAGGCUCUAAGUUCUUGACUCAGGCCAAGGACUGUCUUGUGUUUGUUCUGCAGUGA